AUGUGCCACUUCCACCUGCCCACAAACUUACAAUGGACGAAGUGUUCGAUGCAAAGACGGGGAAGCCGAACUAUGAAACAAUGCGGGCACACUUCUUGCUCGAAGGGCGCAUGGAGGAGGGUCCAGCGCUGCGCAUCAUAAAUGAAGGAGCUACCUUAUUGCGAGCGGAAAAAAAUAUGAUUGAUGUGGAGGCACCGGUGACAGUGUGCGGCGACAUUCACGGUCAGUUUUUUGAUCUAGUCAAAUUAUUCGAAGUUGGCGGGCCACCAGCUUCCACGCGGUAUCUUUUUUUGGGUGACUAUGUGGACAGAGGAUAUUUCAGCAUUGAGUGUGUGCUUUACUUGUGGGCGUUAAAGAUUUGCUACCCGACGACACUGUCUUUGUUGCGCGGCAAUCAUGAAUGCCGCCAUCUAACAGAAUAUUUCACAUUUAAACAGGAAUGCAAAAUAAAAUAUUCUGAAGAUGUUUAUGAUGCCUGUAUGGAAGCAUUUGACUGUUUGCCAUUGGCGGCGCUGCUAAACCAACAGUUCCUCUGCAUUCACGGUGGACUAUCCCCUGAGAUUUUCACUUUAGAUGAUAUAAAAAAGUUGAACAGAUUUAGAGAACCACCAGCUUUUGGACCUAUGUGUGAUCUGCUUUGGUCUGAUCCAUUGGAAGACUUUGGAAAUGAAAAAAACAGUGACUUCUUUUCGCAUAAUUCAGUGCGCGGAUGCUCCUACUUUUUCAGCUAUGGGGCCUGUUGUGAGUUCCUACAAAAGAACAAUUUGCUAUCAAUAGUCCGUGCUCAUGAAGCUCAAGAUGCAGGAUAUAGAAUGUAUCGCAAAAAUCAAGUCACCGGAUUUCCCUCGCUAAUCACCAUUUUCUCGGCGCCCAAUUAUUUGGACGUUUAUAACAACAAGGCAGCUGUACUCAAAUAUGAAAAUAACGUUAUGAAUAUCCGCCAAUUUAAUUGUUCGCCGCAUCCAUACUGGUUGCCAAAUUUCAUGGAUGUGUUCACAUGGUCAUUGCCAUUUGUGGGUGAGAAGGUGACGGAGAUGCUGGUGAAUAUUCUUAACAUCUGUUCGGAUGACGAGUUAGUGUCUGGCCCCGACGAUGAAUUGGAAGAAGAGCUCCGCAAGAAAAUCGUUCUUUUACCAGUGAACACGAAUAAUACACCAGCACCAGCCCCCAAAACAGUGUCUGGGGUUUCAGCGCUACGUAAAGAAAUUAUACGUAAUAAGAUCAGAGCCAUUGGCAAAAUGUCACGUGUCUUCUCGGUUUUGAGGGAAGAAUCAGAAUCGGUAUUGGCAUUAAAGGGCCUCACACCGACCGGCUCUUUACCGGUAGGAGCACUAUCUGGCGGCAAGGAUUCAUUACGUAAUGCACUUCAAACCCUGGGCGCCACCCAACAAAUCACUUCGUUCGCAGAAGCGAAAGGAUUGGAUGCUGUCAACGAGCGUAUGCCUCCACGGCGCCCUUUAAUGGUGGGAGAAGGUAGCAGUAACAACAAAAACACAAUUUACAAAAAUGACAAUAGCAACAAUGUGACCAACAGCAAUGGUAAUAGUACCGAGAUUAAUCUAGGUAAAAAGAUUGUCAAACAGGUGACAAUUCGUUCCACCACCACGACCACAUCAACCACCAGCAAAUUUUAAUAGACUGCAGCUGUUAAGUUUUUCUAAAAGCUUUUUAAGCGACG